AUGGAGAAGGUUUGUGAAUUCUGCACGGCCCUGAGGCCACUUGUUUACUGUAAGGCUGAUGCAGCAUAUCUUUGUCUAUCCUGUGAUGCCAAGGUGCAUUUGGCAAAUGCUUUGUCUGGCCGGCACCUCCGGAACCUUGUGUGUAAUUCAUGUGGACACCAUGUUGCUUAUGUUUUAUGUUUGGACCACAAAAUGUUAAUCUGUCGAGACUGUGAUCAAAAGUUGCACAAUGUUUCUUUACCACAUCAGAAACGAGCUAUCAGAAGUUUCAUCGGUUGCCCUUCUGCUAAAGACUUUGCCUCACUCUGGGGAUUUGAAUUGAAUGAGAUUGAAAACAGUGCCAGUCAGGAUCAGUUUGAUUCAGUUUCAUGUGUUUCUGCCGAUUUGAAUGUUGCACAAGUCUCAGGAAAGCCUAAUAUUCAAACUGGGGUCCCUUCACUGCUAUCUGGGGCCAAACUUGAUGAUGGAUCGACCAGUCAACAAGGUCAGAUAUUGUACAAUCAUCAAGAGCGUCAAACUAUUGUGCAGCAGAUUAUUGAUCUAAAAUGGCUUCAACAAAACGAGGAGAUGGAUUAUUCUGCGAAGAUCAAUAAGCCAAAAGAAAAAAAAUUAUCUCCUUCAGUAUAUCACACUCUUAAGAAAUUGGACGAAAAGUUCAAUGGGCAAGCACAAAAUUCCCAGGAUCUUGCAACUAAUGUUCUGGAAAAAGACUGUCCUAUUGUGGAGCUGAAUACUGAGACUUUACCUUCUACUUUUUCUCAACUUGAUAAUUUAUCUUCGUCAUCAACUAUCGAUCUUCCAUUGCAUGGAGAAUUGUUCUGGGCAUGCAAAAGUCCACUUCGAAGUAAUCAGUUGUGGUCCCAAAAUAUCCAAGACCUCGGGAUAUGUGAAGAACUUGUCUGUCUAGAUGAUUUUAACAUCCCUGAUGUUGACUUAACUUUCCAAAACUUUGAUGAACUAUUUGGUGGAGAUCAAGAUCCAAUUAGAAUACUCUUUGAUGAUCAAGAUGUAUCCUGCUCUUCUUUGGAGAAGGAUAAGUCAGUCGACAAGUCAGAUAUUGACAAUCCAAGUGCAAUGGAGGUUGCAAAGGAUUCUUUAGCAGCUGCAUCCGUUACUAUCUCCCAAUCUGAUCAUGAGAACAAGGAUAUGAAUCCUCUCAGCCCGUACUGUCCAAAAAGCAUGGAUCCUACGCGUGCAAUUCAACCAUUUGAUUCAACUAUUCCACUAUCUGUUUUGAGAUUCAGUCCGCAAAGCAGUAUCACUGGCCAUGAGGACAGUGCCCUUUCUCCCUACAGUGAAGGGAAGGCUUAUUCAGGCAUUAGAAGCAAUUUGGACUUCUAUCCAGGAAACCUGGAGCUAAAAUCUAGGGACUUGUUUUGGUUUCUCUUGAUAGUUAAGUUGAGUCAACCCCUUUGGAUUUUUCUUGACAUUUGA